UGCCUGAUGCUUGCGAGUACGAGGUUGGUCGCCUUGGCUUGCCAAGUAGCUGAAGGCAGCCACAGAGCCACCACAAGACGCGCCUUUUCGCUCACUGGACGCCCGACACUGCUAUGGCGAGACCAACUCACGAUGUGGCUCAUGGCGUAAUAACAUAUUUCCAAAUCAUCUGAUCAUGCUUCCCAACUUUUGGUGUCCAUAAAGCCCGACUUGCAGCCAUGCUCCAUUCUCGCCUCCAAUCGUCCCAUCAUGGAUCUUUCCCUCACAUCAACAGAGGCUUUCAAAGCCACGACAGCCUAUCCCACUUACGAAUUCCCCGAAUUUACAAGCGCAAAGAAUCUCGGACCGUUGACGACGAGCUUCGCCUUUCCGACAGGAUGCUACACCAACCUAAUCGAUAUGAACAGGGAUGGACUCGGUCCGUCAGGUGCAUGGAAGACGCUUGGAUGCGCGAUGAGCACAUGCUGUCCGUUCGACAGCUUCUACACCGAGGAAUGGGCGUGGAUGACGAGCUACUAUUCGCCCGGCGUGUGCCCGUCGGAUUAUCAGUCCUGCGCGCCGCCGACGCAAAGCGGGUUGAGACUGACGCCGAGGGAAGGAGAGAGGAUCGUGUUUUGCUGUCCGAACAACUGCAUAUGUCCCAACGACGAAGACAUGCCCAGCAUAGCACCGGGGGCUUGCGGUAGUCGCCUCACCCUCUCAGAGGAACUGACUGUCUACACCGUCAUGAAUAACUUCCGCGACCAGCGGCCCGAAGUUACAAUUCCGUAUACGUUUGAGCCUGGUUUCACGCAGGAGUUGCAGAUCGCGUGGCCGAUCCAGAUACGCAUUCCGGAUACGGGGACGACAGCUGCGACGACUUCGAGUGCGUCAACCGGCGGAAAAGAAGGUGUGGAGCUGUCGACUGGUGCUAUCAUUGGCCUUGCAUUUGGCGGUUUCUUCAGCAUCUUCAUCGUGUGUUUAGCUGCAUAUCUUCUGCUGAGGAGGCGGAGAAAUCGGCGCGGAGAAGACGCCUCCCAGCCCGAGAUGAGAGAAGGAAGACCGGAGACGCCGUAUAGCCCCGCGCCGCCGUAUAGCCCGCAGAGUAUGUAUCUGCAGAGGAAACCGCUACCACAACAAUACGCGAAUGUCGUAAGUGAUCCGCCUUGUCUUGGAGAUUGUGGGAGACUGACGGGUUGGAAUAGGAGGGUGCGCCGUAUGAGAUGCCUGGGUCACCGAAUGCGGUGGUUGAGUUACCGGAGAGGCAGUAGACGCAGGAAGAGUGGAAUUGGCCAUGUCAACUGGGCCAGGCGGCGGGGCCUGUCGGGUUGGUUAGAGAGAAAGGAGACUUGACGCAGCUAAUGGUGAUCGCUUUGGACGCCUAUGCCUUAAUAUCAAUAGAACCAAUGUCCACGCGUUUCGUCCCGACCCGAUGUCUUUCCCAGGAACCAUAUUGGACUGCUAGAUCGUCUUCGACAUAUAGACUGAAUUGUCACUGAUAUCAAAGACCUUCCUUCUUCCUACUCGUCCUUGUCGCAUAUUCCAAAGUUGUGGGUUUUCUAGACCUGGGAAGUGGUGGGCGCAAGCCUGAGACCCGGGUUCCAUCCCGAGAGCUGAAGUGUCGGGUCGCAAGCCGCGAUACCUCCUCUUUUCUGUUUCUGACCGCUGUUAAAGCAUCUUCGCAGCUGCGAUGCCCGGAGAAGUGCUUCCAAGCGCUCAGCUCUUGUAUAUUCACCCCGCUCUUACUUCAUCCCUAGCGCAAGCGAUUGGAGCUUC